AAAAUGAAUUCAGAGCAUUAUCAAUUUGUAAUACUCGGUGGUGGAAUAAAUGGACUAUCAUGUGCAAUGCGUUUGUCAAAUGAAUUUCCCUGUUCAAAGAUACAAAUUGUAAGUGAUCAUUUGAGUCCAAACACUACAAGUGACGUUGCAGCAGGUUUGUGGGGACCGUACGCUUUAGGUGGAACUCCGAUAAUUGAAUGCCGACGAUGGGCUCAAGAAACACACGAUUACUUCCUGCAACUGUGGCGCGAUGGGUAUGCUGAUCGGUGUGGAAUAUGUUUGGUGCCAGUAUUGGAGCUUUACGAAACGGAUACAACUGUUCCUUGGUGGAAUGAUAUUGUGUUUGGGUUUAACAAGACGAAGAUAUUGAAACAGGGCGAAACGAAUGAACAGUACGACUGUUUUCACACCGCAUUUACCUACAUAACUUUCACAUGCGAACCGUCAAAAAUUAUGAACCAAUAUCGCGAAACCCUAUCCACUCGCAAUGUAACGUUUCGCCGGCAACAUUUAACCAGCAUCCGUUGUUUGGAAAAAAUGAGCAUUCACCCACAUGCAAUCAUUAUCAAUUGUCUUGGGCUAGGAUCUAAGUCUGUUUCGAAUGAUGCAGAGUUAUUUCCGAUUCGAGGCCAAGUACAAAGAGUAAAGGCAGAGUUCGUAUUUCAUGCAUACGCUGAUGAAUCAUGCUACAUAAUUCCCAAUACGGACACAGUAAUUUUGGGUGGAACUAAGCAAAAAGAUAACAAUAUACAAGUAAGCCCCGUUGAUCGGUAUAACAUAAGAGCAUAUUGUCAAACCGUUCUGCCUGCACUAAGGGACGCAGUAAUCGUGAAGGACAAUGUUGGUUUACGUCCAGUUCGAUCUUCUGGUGUACGUUUGGAAGCAGAUCAUGCUAUUUUUGGAAAUGGAGAGAAUCAUAUAAUAGUACACAACUAUGGACACGGUGGAGCCGGAAUAACACUCGCGUGGGGUUGUGCGGGUGAGGUGAUGCGUAUCGUUCAAGCAUAUAGUGUUAAAAGGUCUCAAUGUGUGCAUCACAAAUUAUAG